AUGUCCGCUACGGCCGCUCCUACCAUCUCAAAAGUGAUGCCCGAGUGUUGGGGCCACCGCGGAGCCUCUGCCCGCUUCCCCGAAAACACGCUCGCAAGCUUCGAAGCCGCCAUUCGCGAUGGCGCCGAGGGCAUUGAGAGCGACGUGCACGUUUCCGUAGACGACGUGGUCAUCAUGUUCCACGACCCUUCCGUCGACCGAGUUACGGACGGAACAGGCUUGAUCAGGGAAAGGUUGUGGUAUGGCGAGGAUGGGAUGCAGGCACUACGGACGGUCAAGGAGCCUAAGCAAUCUCUCACGACCUUCGAAGAGACAAUCCAGCUACUCAUGAAGCCUGAGAACCGACACGUGAAGUUCAACGUCGAUGUCAAGGUCCAAAACAAACCCGCACAUCUCUUCUCUCUCAUGCACAACAUCAUCUCCGCACAACCAGAUUGGGAGACGACCCUUGCGCCGCGCAUCUUGUUGGGACUGUGGCACCCCAGUUUCCUUCCCCAUGCGAAGAAGCACUUGCCGUACUGCCGCCGGUCAUACAUUGGGCAAAGCAUUGCCACCGCGCGCAAGUAUUUCUGGGACUCUUGCGACGUGUUCUCGAUUAGGUUCUCGACCCUCGCGAUGGCGGACGGCGCGAAGUUCCGUAAAGACUGCAAGGCCGCAGGGAAGAAGAUCAUGGCGUGGACCGUGAACGACCCGGAACACAUGGUCGAGGCGGUCAGAUGGGGUGUUGACGUGAUCAUCACGGACGUUACAAAGACGUGGCUGGAUCUCCGUUCGGCACUGCAAGUUGACUACGACAAGAUUGCCGCGCAGCACAGUCGUUUGUUCUACUGGACAACGCUCGAGUUCUACACGCCUGUACAGAUGCUCGCGCGGCGUCGCGACCACGUCUACCUGGAGGGUUACGCGGGCCCAUUCCGCAAGAUCGACACCGUGGAACCGCUUCCAAUGGUUUCUUAG